UGUGUGUGUGAGUGUGUGUGUCUGUGUGUGUGUGAAUCGUUCCGCCGGCGACCGCCUCCACCACCGUGCCCCCAGACACACCCGACUCGCGCGGCAUGUGACCGCGAGUCCAGCUCGGCCCCCGCCUGCCCUCCUCCUCGUGGCCCCCCGACUGCCCAACCCCCACCCCACCCCACGCUGCCCUCCUCCGUCAUGGAGUUCUACGAGCGGACGAGGGUGGAGCAGCUGCCCACGGGGCUGCCCUUCCCCUGGCUGCCCCCGGACGUCCCCGUGGUCCACGUGGCCGAGGGCAGCCAGGAGCGCAGCGUGGUUACACGCGUCCUGCGACUGCUGAGCGACGGUGACGCCCGCCACGUGCUCCUGAGCGGCGCGGGGAGAGCAGGUGGCCGGGCGGUGUCGUGCUCGGACGCGGUGCUGCGCCGUGCCCCGGGCGCGCCGCUGCGCCGCGCGGCGAGCGCCGGCACGCGCGUCACGGCCGAGACGUGGGAGCCGCGCGCGCGGGGCUGCGGCCUCGACACGCUGGUGGUGCGCCGCUCGGCGCACACCCUCACCGUGCUGCUCACCAAGGACGACCUGCCGGCCGGCACAGGAGACCUGGACCUGCGUUCGAUCGACGCCACCAUCUUCUUCUCCGAGCCGAAGGCACCGGCGGGCGCUGGGCGGGCGGUGGACGCGGCGGCGGCGACUUCGGCGGCCGGGCAGGGAAGGGCAGGGAGAGGGGGGUGGGAAAGUGCCACCCGCUGCCGUUGUGUGGACCACACGGCACCUUGA